AUUUAUAUUACCAAACUUUGACACACCCAUUAAAACAUGCAAACUUUAUUGGCGAGUGCGCUGCUUUCAUCUUUUUGCUGCUUUGCUGCAAGAUCCAUGAUUUGUCUCAAUUGGAGACUCCGAUUAUCUCCCUCCCCAGAAACCAUUAGGGUUUAACCUAUGGUAAAUGGUAGUAAGUUUCAGAAUUUUGAAGUUUUUAUGUGACUGAAUGCUGUGGUACUUCAAUUCUACUGACUUUUGUCUGCUGAGGAAAAUUUGGGGAAGUGGGUUUUUUAUUACAUAUAGUGAGAUUGAUUUGGGUUUUUUUAGGGCGUGUGAUUUAGAUGGCGAGUUCUCCGUUUGAGGUGGAGGAUACAGAUGAGGAUUUCUUUGACAGAUUGGUUAAUGAUGACAUUGACUUUACUGAAUUUGUGCAUAAACCGGUAGAGAAGAAAGAGUUUGUAGAUGUCAAAGCUUUUUCGAAGUUGAGUAUUUCUGAAGUAGAUCCGGUGGGAGUAGACACCAGCGGCAAUGCUAGUCUUGGGGUUAAUGGUGAAUUGGGUCAUGAAGAUGGGGUUGUGGUGGAACAGUCUGAUCCCAUAUGGGACCCUGUAGUUGUUAAAGAGAGUGAGUCACUGAUACUGGAUUCUAGAAAUGAGGCCAGUGCGCCAGAUGAUAUGGUUGAUAAUAGAAAUGGGGCUAGUGCUCCAGAUGAUAUAGAGGAUAAUAGAAAUGAGCCAACUGAGUUAGAGGAUAAAGCGGGUAAUGGAAAUGAGGCUAAGUCAUUGGAGGAUAAAGAGGGUAAUGAAAAUGAGGCUAAGGAAUUGGAGGAUAAAGGGGAGGAAGGUUCAGUAAAUGGGAUGGUGAAUACGAGUUUGGCAGCAGUGGGAUCUGGUGUGAAAGUGGCUCAGUGGAGCUCGUUUUCUGGUGAAUUUGGAGAUGUCUCAGUGGACCCAUUUGCAAAUUUGGGUGAUACAGACAAAUCGUGGGCCGAGUCUAAUGUCACUGAUAUUGCUUCGGAGAACUCAGUUCCUGAUUUACGUGUUUCUAGUUAUGGGCAGCACCAAGAAGGUCAGCGCUAUGGCGUUGUUGAGGGGCAAAGUUUAGAUGGGCAGGACUUGAAUACGAGUUUGGCAUCAGUUGGAUCACAUUUGAAAGAAGUUCAAUGGACUUCGUUUAACUCAGAUUUGAAUCCUUCUGGUGACUUUGGAGAUUUCUCUGCAGACCCGUUUGCACAUUUGGGUAAUACAGACGAAUCCUGGGCCAUGUCUAAUGUCACUGAUGGUGCCUUGGAGAACUCAGUUGCUGAUGUAGGCAUUUCUAGGUAUGGGCAGCAACAAGAAGGUCAGCACUAUGGGGCUGUUGAGGAACAAAAUACAGGUGGCCAGGAGUUGAAUAGUAGUCAGAAUUGGGAUACCCUUUAUCCGGGAUGGAGGUACGAUCCAAAUACUGGGCAAUGGUAUCAGUUGGAGGGCUAUGAUGUGAAUGCAAAUGCUCAGGAGAGUGUUAAUGUGCAUUCUCAAACUGCAGAUAAUGUGGUUUUUUCAGACCAGAAAGCAGAUGCUUAUUAUUUACAGCAACCAGCACAAUCUGUUCCUCAAAGUGUGGCCCAGGGAUCUGAAACUAGUGCUGUUUCUGAGUGGAAUCAGCAUUUUAAUGGGAGCAUGGACUACCCUGCCCAUAUGGUUUUUGAUCCCCAAUACCCUGGGUGGUACUAUGACACAAUUACCCAAGAAUGGAAGCAGUUGGAGUCUUCCACUCCAACUUUUGACCAGUCAACAAGUGUGGAGUAUAAUCAGCAAUUUCACAAUUCAAAUGUGGAGAAUUAUGGUUCAGAUGUUGCAAACUGGGAUGGAUCUAUGAGCACCUAUGAUCAGCAAAAUGCGAGUAUGUGGCAUAAUCAAACAGUUUCUGCAAGUGACACUAUUAGUGUUACUGAGACACAGCAGUACGCGACCCAGUAUUUUUCAACCGGGCAUGUAACCAGUUCUGUGAAUCAACAACCAGGGUUCAAUCCUUCUGGAAACUUAUCUCAUCAUCAGCAUCAGGUUAAGGAGCCAAACCAAGUGACAUGCUUCUCACCUGCUAACUUUGAUAGUCAGAAGCCAGUACAAUUUUUACAGCAACCACUCCAAAUUGGAACUCAGUUUUCUCAUGAGGCCAGUGCAGGAAGGUCAUCUGCAGGACGUCCUCCACAUGCUCUAGUUACCUUUGGAUUUGGAGGGAAACUUAUAGUCAUGAAAGAUUACAGCAAUAUGUAUGGAAGCCAGGACUCUGUAGGAGGUUCGAUUAAUGUUCUCAAUCUGAUGGACAUUGUCGUGGACAAAACUGAUGUUGCAAGCUUUGGAAAUGAUGGUCGUGCUUAUUUCCAUGCUUUGUGUCAGCAAUCUUACCCUGGCCCUUUGGUUGGGGGGAGUGUUGGAAGUAGGGAAGUUAACAAAUGGAUAGAUGAAAUGAUUGCGAACUGUGAAACUCCUUAUAUGGAUAUCAGAAAAGGGGACCAUUUGAGGUUGCUUUUCUCUUUACUAAAAAUAGCAUGCCAGUAUUAUGGAAAACUUCGAUCUCCCUUUGGCACUGAUGUAGCAUUGAAGGAAUCUGAUAAUCCGGAGUCAGCCAUUGCCAAGCUUUUUGCCUCUGCUAAGAGAAGCAACGAGUACAGUGCUCUUAUGUUACAGAACUUGCCUUCUGAAGCACAGAGUCAAGCUACUGCUCUUGAGGUACAAAAGCUUCUUGUCUCUGGUAGGAAGAAAGAGGCUUUACAAUGUGCACAGAAUGGUCAGUUGUGGGGUCCAGCACUGGUGAUUGCAUCACAGCUUGGUGAACAGUUUUAUGGUGAUACUGUAAAGCUUAUGGCACUAAACCAGUUAGCAGCAGGAUCACCAUUGCGGACUUUGUGCUUGUUAAUUGCCAGGCAGCCUGCAGACGUGUUUUCGAGUGCCACUACAGUUAGCAGUACACCUAAUUCUAUGAAUGUAUCACAACAGCAGACACAGGUUGGGGCCAAUUCCAUGUUAGAUGAAUGGGAAGAGAAUUUAGCCAUCUUAACUGCGAACCGAACAAAAGAUGAUGAGCUUGUUAUCAUCCAUCUUGGAGAUUGCCUAUGGAAGGAAAGGGGACAGGUAUAUGUUAAUACUCCUGCACACAUAUGUUAUCUGGUUGCAGAAGCCAAUUUUGAGGCAUAUUCAGACAGUGCAAGACUGUGUCUUAUUGGUGCAGAUCACUUGAAAUAUCCACGAACAUACGCCUGUCCUGAGGCUAUCCAGAGGACAGAGUUAUACGAGCACUCAAGGGUUCUCGGAAAUUCUCAGUUUCUCCUACUACCCUUUCAGCCCUAUAAGCUUGUAUAUGCCCACAUGCUGGCAGAAGUUGGAAAAGUUGCAGAUGCUUUGAAAUACUGUCAAGCAAUUUUAAAGUCUUUGAAAUAUGGUCGAGCACCUGAAGUGGACACAUGGAGACAGUUAGUAUCAUCUCUAGAGGAGCGGAUAAGAGCCCAUCAGCAGGGUGGUUACAGUACAAAUUCAGCUCCAACCAAACUGAUGGGUAAAUUGCUUACAUUAUUUGAUAAUACUGCUCAUCGUGUUGUUGGAGGCCCGCCUCCACCUGCACCUUCGACAUCACAAGUCUUUGCCCAAUGUAAUGAGCAUGCUCAGCAAUCAGGAGGCCCAAGUGUAUCCAGUAAUCAAUCAACAAUGGCUAUGCCUUCAUUUAUGCCAGGCCCAAGUGUACCCAAUAGUCAGUCAACAAUGGCUGUGUCUUCGUUUAUGCCAGGCCCAAGUGUGCCCUAUAGUCAAUCAACAAUGGCUGUGUCUUCGUUUAUACCAGGGCCAAGCGUACCCAAUAGUCAGUCAACAAUGGCUAUGCCUCCGUUGAUGCCUUCAGCAUCGAUGGAGCCAAUAAGCGAAUGGACUGCUGAGGGCAAUCAACUGAAUAUACCCAAUAGAAGCAUAUCGGAACCAAACUUUGGGAGGAGCCCAAAUAAGGUUGAUUCAUCCAAGAAAGUGGAAUCUUCUAAACCACGAGAAAAUGAAUCAACAUCUAGUGGGUCAUCUCGUUUUGGUUUUGGCAUAUUUCAAAAGACUCUGGGAUUUGUGAAAAGAUCCCGGCAGGCUAAAUUGGGUGAAAAGAAUAAAUUUUACUAUGAUGAGAAACUUAAGCGAUGGGUUGAAGAAGGUGUUGAACCUCCUGCCGAGGAAGCAGCCUUACCACCUCCACCUCGAACUGCAGCCUUGCCGAAUAGAAUGCAAGAUUACAAUAUAAAUGAUGCGCUGGAAACCAAAAGUUUCCCUGCAGUUAAUGGGCCACAAAUCCCUAGCCUGGUGUCCCCUGAACCGAGUUCUGGAAUACCACCCAUUCCACCCAGUUCCAACCAGUUCUCCGCACGUGGACGUCCAGGUGUUCGCUCAAGGUAUGUUGAUACAUUCAACAAAGGCGGUGGGGCACCAGCAAACUUAUUUCAGUCACCAUCUCUUCCAUCUGCUAAACCUGGGGGUGGUCCCAAACCCAAGAUUUUUGUCCCGGCUCCAGUAACUCCCUAUGAGGAGACGGUUCAAACACCUGGAGAAAGCAUACAAGAGCCAUUGGUGACCAACAACAAUCCCCCAAAAUCAUUUGAGGGUGCAUUCUCUACUCCACAAACAUCAACUUCGUUUUCAAUGGCCAUGCAGCGGUUUCCUAGCAUGGAUAACAUUGUACAAAAGAGAGCAGGAGACAUGGGAAAUGGCAAUAGCUUUGCACCCCCUGAAUCCCGCCGUGCAGCAUCGUGGAGUGGAAGCCUUAAUCAUGCUAGCAAUCCAUCUAUGAGGAGUGAAAUCAAACCUCUAGGAAGACCGCUUGGUAUGUCUCCAUUGUCACAAAUGCACAAUAGUCCGCCAUCAUCGAUGCAGCUUCCAAGUAGUGGCGGCAGUUUAGGAGACGACCUUCAAGAAGUUGAACUCUGAGGUAUAUGGAAUAGUUGUAAAUCUAUAGAGUUGCAUUAGACGGGGGUGUUACAACGGGAUCCUUGUGCAAGAUUGGUGAUGGCACAUAUGGGAGUUGAAGUUUUUGUUGGGAGUCCCUUUACCACCCCCAUUAGAGGAGAGUUACAUAUGUAUACCUGAAGCCAACAGUUAGUUUGAAUGCCCUGAUGAAAACACAAUGUGGGCAGCCAAUUGUCGAAGGGAAAAUCGCGUAACGUAAUUGCAUAUAUAAGAUAUACCAUUUCUACC